UGUGCUGGCUGGACAAACACCAGGAGAGCUGGACAUACACCAGGAGAGCUGCAGCAACUGAACAGUUAACUUCCCGGGUAGUUUUCUUCACUAGAAAGUUUUACUUUUUGUACAGCACCUGUUGUGUCGUCAGCUCAGUUGGCAGUCUGCUUUUCCAAAAAUCCAGACCUUGUCGUCUCACUUUUAGCGACAGUUUAGCUCCAGUCUCCAGCAUAGUUUAGUUCCAGUCAACAGCCACCGAGCCAAGACCUCACCAAACAACUGGAGUUAUGUGUGCUCUGCAAUAUCAUCCACUGUACAAACUGUAUCGAAUUGCACUGCACUCUUGUGGUAUCUGCGGUUAAUGUGAAGUUUAUUGUAAUGCCUGCAAAUCUGUGGAUUGGACUUGCAGACGGCGGAGACUUUGGAAACUAAUGAAUGUCGCGCGCAGGCAACAGUAUCGCACCUCUCAUUGGACAAAAAGUUAAAGAUUUAUGCAUUUACGAUUUAUUUCACUCAAUAUAUAAGUCAUUUGGUGCCUUUGAUGGAACUUUAAAGUGGAUAUGUAAUUUAGUUCAAGCGCAGCAGUGACUUUCUAACUUCCAAGGCAAUUUUCCAUAUACCCCACAGGUGCGCACUUGUAUCGGAACCAGUUUGUCGUGCGAGACGGCCGUUGGUUUCAAAAUUAUCCUUUUGUGGAUAUUACGGGAUUUUUUUUGACGUUUCAUUUUUUUUCAAAGGACUCUGUAUUUGAAUGAGAUUAUGUCGAUUUUACUCUGCGUUUAUCCGCUACAAAUUUGUCCAAAACAGCAUUGUUGUCAUCCAAACAACCUUUGUGCAUGGUGAUACUAAACGUCUCGUCAACAGUGUUUUGUAAUCGCUGUCCGCCACUAAUCCAAAUGAUCCUUCCAUUAUUAAUCCUGUUUGUAUCGCUUCUCCAACAACAUGGCUCAGAAGCUGAAUCAAGUCAUGUCAGCAAAUUCCAACAACCAAGUUUAAAGGAACAAAACGGUGUCCAAGAUUUCCAGCAUGAGAAGAUAAUCACAGUCGUAGGAGAGGGAAUGAUCCACAGUCCAGACUUCCCAUUUACCUACCCCAGGAGUACCGUGCUGGUCUGGAGACUGAUGGCCUCCAGUGACAACAUGAGAAUCCACUUGUCCUUCGACGAGAGGUUCGGCCUGGAAGACUCAGAGGACGGAAUAUGCAAGUAUGAUUUUGUGGAGAUCGAUGAGCCUUCUGAGAACACCAUUCUUGGCCGCUGGUGCGGGUCCCAGGUACCCGCCAGUCACACAUCCAAAGGCAGUCAGAUCCGGGUGCGAUUUAUCUCCGAUGAGUACUUCCCCUCCGAGCCCGGAUUCAGCAUUCGCUACUCCUUGCUCCCAAUGAGUGUAUUGAAGCCCGAGGUAACUCCAGCUCCAUCUCUGCAGAGCUCAGAUGCGUUGUCUGAGGCCGUGGCUGGCCUUAGCACCGUGGAGGAGGUCAUGAAGUAUCUGGAGCCUGAGAGAUGGCAGCAGGACAUGGAAGACCUGUACAAGCCCACUUGGCACAUCCUGGGAAAGUCAUUCCUACACAACAAGAAAUCCAGAGGGGUGGAUCUCAACCUGUUGAGAGAAGAGGUGAAACUGUACAGCUGCACACCGCGCAACUACUCCGUCUCCCUAAGGGAGGAGCUCAAGAGGACGGACGCCAUCUUCUGGCCUAGCUGCCUCCUGGUGAAGCGCUGCGGGGGUAACUGUGCCUGCUGCUCGCACCGCUGCUUCGACUGCCAGUGUGUGCCCACCCGGGUAGUCAACAAGUACCAUGAGGUUCUCCUGCUGAAGCACCGAAGCGGGGGCCGAGGCCUGCAGAAGUCCAUGACCGAUGUGCCAAUGGAACACCACGAGGAGUGUGCCUGUGUGUGCAAAGAUGACUGGGACUGAUCUCAGACCUGUGUACUGGAGUCACCGGCAUCCCAGUAGACGCUUGAAACUGCACGCGUCUUCCAGCUUCUCCCAGCCAAUCCUCGUUCUCUUGUUAAUUGGACGAGUUUAAAAACUGACUGGAACUACUUCAUUUGUGGAUGGAUCUGGCCGCUGUGGAGGACCUGUAGUUGACUUGGAGUGCAUUGAAGAGACAGGAGAUGGAUAGACUGCACUGGAAUGAUGGACCAAUCUUAAACAUUCUUUAAUCUCUGAAGGUUCUCUCUCCCUUUGCUUCUGAGAUUUCUUUGUGCUUAUUUUGUGCGAAAUACCUUUAAGGUGUCUUGUGAAAAUUCAACACGUGGCCAGGGAGUAUCUGAGAAAUUGGACUCCUCUUCAUUCAAGUACCUUUCUGUAUAUAAGUGAGCUGCCUUCAGGACAAUUCCUCUGCUACUUUAUAAUCCCAUCAAGGAUCACUGUUUAUCAGUGAUUCCCCACUUCUUUUCCCCAUGUUCCCACUGAUUAGAUCUCUGGAGUGAAAUAGUGGUAAUAAUGUUGAACUGUCAUACUUGUGCAAACUGUUAUGUGUAAAUGUUUCAUUUUCAUGGUUCUUCUGUCCUGUCAUAUUUUUCUACCAAAGAUACUUGUAUUCAGUGAGGAAAUAGUUGCACACUUAGACCAAGAUGCAUUUCAACGUACAUAGCAUCUCUGCAACGGUGUAAAAUUCUGCUUGCUUUAGAACUUCAUAUAACCCCAUUUAGUGAGUGGAAGAAUAGAUUCGUGGAUAUUAGAUAUUUAUUUGUUCAAUGAAAGGGAAUUUAAUGCCCAAUAUGCUUUUUUUGUAAGCUGAAAUUAAUUGUAGUUUCUCAUUCAUUUGUACAGAAGUUGAGUGUUGUUCCUCAACAUUAUUCAUGUCUAUGUCUGUCCACGUCCUAUGGGUGUGUUCUCUUCUCUACCAAAGUAUUUAACAUGACCUUUUAGGAUGUAUGUUGUUGUAUCUGACGGUAGAAAUAAAUCAGUCAGUGUUUUACUGGAGAUAGGUACUUGUAUUUUGACAUAGCCCCCUGCAAUAUAAGGACUUUCAUUUGGUCUCACAAGAUAAAGCUUCUGUUUUUCAUAGAUAUUGGAAUGGUCUGAUUGGUAUCAUUAGGGACUUUUGACAGAGGAAAUUACAUUUGGGGGCAGAUGGCUCCACAUCAAAGUCAUCUAACAGAAUAAGAUGAUGGUCAUAGGCAUGUACUGUAUAUGGCUCUAUCAGUACGUCUGUUGUGACACCGUAUACACUUCAUGGACAAAGUAGCAACACACCACUGUCCGAUAUCAGUGUAAGUAGCUGUUUUAUGCACCAGUCAUCUAGGAACCCUACUCAUGUUCCUCAAUUAAUGAGGUUGGAAAAUAAACAAACUAU